AUGGGAGCAGCGCAGCCACGUGGUAUGGCCACAGCUGCCCAUGAGCCUGGCGAGGGAUCUCCGAUGCACCUGGAUGUACUGCCGUUGCAGUGGGCCUUCUUCCUGGAUCCAGCAUCCUUGCUCCGUGUCCAGACUGUGGGCCUGAGGGUGGACGAGGAACUGGUGCAGAAUGUCUGGAAAGAGCUUUGCGCACAGGAGCUCGGCAUUCCCGCUGCGUCUCUGUGCCCUCUGGGAUGCGGGCCUCAACUGCGAGGUGCCCAGAGUUCUUCAAUGCCUCGGUGGUGUUGGAAGCGUGCCUUCUACGACUUGGACAUAGCACCCAGAAUCAAUGCCUUGCGGUGCUCAAGUCAGGACUACCAGUUCUUGCCCAGCAUGUACGGGGAGGCCGCAAUGGCUCCGGAGGGUGUGCACUUCCUCCCGGAUGCAGAUGGGAAGGUGCGGCAAUGCCACUUGCGACCGGGCUUCAACGGCCGGGAUCGCUGCGUGGUCGCCCAGCUGCCACUCCCUGUGGUGCCUUCUGCCACUGCGCUGCCAUACUUCUGCGAGAGCGGGAGCUGUCGGUGGAGAAUUGCUUAUCGAAGUGCUGCAUACUACGAGGUUCUGGUGGGCGGCCGAAGGGGCAGGGAAGACUCUGUGCUACCCUGCAUCUCUAUUGGCCUCUGCACGCCUCGUUUCUCACGUUAUGCGGUGGCCAAGCAGCAAGCGGGCUGGGAUAGCGAGUCCUGGGGCCUUCACAGUGACGACGGCCAGCUCUUCCACGCCUCCAAUCGAGGAUACCAGUUCGUGGAUGCCAAGGCAGUUGGGCCUCUUACCUUUGGUGCUGGGGAUGUGGUUGGCUGCGGGAUCUGUCAGCUGCCUGCCUCGGAGUUUGCUGACUGUGGCAAUGCGUCCCAGGUUCCAGCAGGGCUGCGGGCUCUAGCACAAUCGAAGCGCAAGAUCUUUUACACCCUGAACGGUGUCUUCCUAGGAUUCGCAUUUGACUUGGAUCCAGUUCCUUGGGACGUCCCGCUGUGGCCUUGUGUAGGUCUCGACACCAAGCACCUGCUUUCUUUGAAUUUUGGCCAGAAGCCCUUUGUGUUUGAUAUGGAUGCCUCCAUGCCCACGCUACAGGUCAAAUUGAAGACGCUCUUCGACACCGUUUCUGUAUGGCCCUUGAACUUUUCGGCGCCUGCGACCCCAAAUCCUACUCCAGCAACACCGGGCACUCCCAACACAGCGGAGAAUGCAGGCUACCGCAUGUCAGAGCUGGCCGAGGGCGUCGAGAGCGCGGAAGGCAGUACAGCGGAGACUGGAGGCAUUGCACAAAGCCCUUCCAAUGCAAGUGAUGAGGACCUGGCGCGCGCCGCUUUGCCGCUCUUCCUCCCUCGCACACUGCCGCUAGUGUCGAAGUUCACAUCGCGGAGUUUGCUGGGAUCCUUUGCAUCCAUGCCAGCUCGCAGCGCCGUGCGCCGCUACCAAACCGCCCCACGCUGGCUGGAUGCAGUGGACAGGCUCGUUAAUGCAACGCUCAUCGACACUUGGCUCGAAAGCCCGGCCAAGAAGGGAUGCAGCCAGCCCAGGAAUGGCGAGGAAGAAGUCUUCCAGAGGAGGGCCCAUGGUUGUCACCAACGCCUGUGGGCCAACCUACCAUUCCUGAGAUCCCUCCACCUCCCAUGGUGGUUCUGCCCAACCGCGCCCCGAUGUGAUGCCUGA